UCAGUAGAGAGAAUGGUCAGUAGAGAGAAUGAACCUCCAGUUCUUCACUCUGCAGAACUGGAGGUUGCCACCUGAUUAAAUCAGUGAUUCCUCAUUUUCCAUUCGUCCGCCUUUCACAUUGUUGUUUAGUUUUUAUUUGUUGGCCACAUUGCUUCAUAGAUCUCAUUUUAAAUGAUUACUUUUGGUUUAGUUUUAGUCCUGCUUCGUUGAGAAAAACAGGUUGUCAAUAAAUAAUUUCCGUCAGAAUUUUGGUUGUCUGAAUUUAACACUGGGUCAGACUGUAAAAGCACAUGUGAUCCAUGGAAGUGUUAGAUCUGUUAGAUCUUGUCCUCUCAUCCAUCUCAGAUGUUUCAAAAUGAUUGUGUUUCUCUGUUAUGAACCAAAAUAUUACACUCGACUCCCAACUUUAAGUUGAGCAUGGGCAUUUUGUUGUGGAUGCAUAUUUACACACCAGGCGACAUGCUGCUGUGUUUCUUUCUCUUCACUCUAUUGCUUUCAGUUGAAGUUCUUUUUGAUAUCAUUUACUUUUGAAGAUCACAUCUGUAGCGAGUAAUGGACUUGUAUAUAUUCAGCUGACUUCUUCUCAUCCUGCAACAUAGGAGGUGCAACUAAGUCAGUUGCAGUUGGGAAAUUAAACCUUUUCUGUUUUCACGAUUCUGUUUUCUGUAAAAAUCUUUGCAUUCCGAACGGCAUUUGAAAUGAAAAGUGUCAGAGGACAUUUGUUCACAGGGCAUAAAAAGCACAUUCAAUGUUCUGUCUGUCACUUUAAGGGGCGCAUUUCACACAAAUUGCCCCAGUCCCUCGUGUCUUGCUCAGACAGCUCGAGAGAGAGAGAGAGAGAGAGAGAGAGAGAGAGAGAGAGAGAGAGAGAGAAAUCAGGGGGUAUGAGCUGAGAAUAAGAGCGAGCUUCGUGGAGCCACAAGUGUCCAGUUAUCAGCAUGCUGGUCUGGUCACCGUGGUCCUGCUGCUUUUCUGUUUUUAACACAGUCAGACUUUGGGCCUGCUGUUAGUGGACACCACUCAGAAUCAACAAAGAUGCACAUUUAACCACAGAAAAUCACAGGAACUUAUAAGGAUGACACGUUUGCUUGGCACAAAUGAGAAGGAAAAGAGCAGCAGCCUUCUUUUUUUUUUUUUGUGUUUGAAACUCCUGUUUCAUAAAUCUUCAGUUUUGGAAGCGGACUUGGCAGAUUUCCUCGCAUCUUUUCUAACUUGACUGUGUCCUGGCUACUAGCUGUCAAAGGAAACAAGUCUUUCUUGGAAACAAAAGAAGCACUUGGAACAUCCACAUCCCCUCGGUCCUCAGCAUUCCUGACCUCGUCCUCCCAAUAACAACAUCAGAGAGAGCUUCGCGAUCGCCUUGCCACCAAGAUGCCCAACCUCAACUCACCGGACGACAACAGCAACAGGAACUCUCUCCAGGACCCGGUGUCGCUGAACGUUGGUGGGGAAAUCUACACCACCACCCUGGGCACUCUGACAGGCUGCCGCGACUCUAUGCUCGGCGCGAUGUUCACCGGACAAAUCCCUGUGCUGAGAGAUAACGGAGGGAACGUCUUCAUAGACCGAGACGGUAAAGUGUUCCGGUACAUUCUGAACUACCUGCGCUCCAGCUCCCUGGAUCUGCCGGAGGGCUUCUCAGAGCUGGCACUGCUGCGGAGGGAGGCGGAUUUCUUUCAAAUACGGCCCCUGCUGGAGGAGAUUUGCCGCUACGAGGCGUCGGUGCCUCUCAGCCUUAGAGGAGGGCCCCUAGGAGCCAUGAUUGUGCUGAAUGUUGAUUCCAAGGUCCGCAUUCUCCACUUCAACCUGCGCCAUGGGCCAGAAAACUAUGAGCUCCGUACAUGCUCCGUGCGAGCCUUCACAGUGGACCUCUUUUGUACCUGGAGGGCCUUCCUGGCCCUCCUCUGUGAGCGCUUCUCCUACAGAACACCCCAGGGCCUCGCUAGCCCCUGUCUGUGCAACCCGACGCAGAACAGGCUGAAACUGGAGUGGGUGCCGAGGCCCGACGAACUGCCGCGGGAUCAGUACGACAAGCAGCGCUACCGGGGGCUGACUGUCUCGUACCCGGAGCUGGUGCAGUCGGACAACAUCAUGAACAUGCACCACAACCCGAGCGAUAUCGUGGACAUGCAGGGGUUUGUGGAGGAGCUGCUGAAGGUGUCUUUGGCUGAAGGCUUCAAGGUUGAUCUGGUGACUCCCGACCCGGCAGAAAUACUUAACUGCACCUCACUCCGGCUUGUCAAGUCCUGAGCUCUAGGCAAAGAACUUAAACUAAAAGCACCAGAACAUGCCAAGUUCUGAACGAUUAUUCUCUGUGGUCACAACUCAACCAGCUAUCAAGUUAGUUAAGAGUUGGGGCUAACCUUUUUAAUCAAAGGGAUACAGAUUAUGACUAGGAGGUCACUGAAAAUUAUUUUUUUUGUCUGUGGUCUCCGUGUUUGUUCUCCUGUCAUAUGGUUUACUGAAAUAGUAAAUAAUAGGCUGUGUUAAAGGCAGAAUGAUUCUGUCUGUAUCUGUAGAGACCCUGCCCUCUGCCUUUAUUUUCUUAUUUUGCUGUGUUGUGGGCAUUUCUGGCCGUCAACCUGCUAUAAUAACGUAGCGUCGGGGGGCCAGAUCCGAAGCAUGUGUCCAAGAGAAAGAUGGCAGCCACAGUGCCACAAAAAAUGCAAAUAUAAAGAGGUGAAACGCCAAGUGGACAAAGUCAUGGGUGUGUAAAGAAAACUGGAUGCAGCGUUGGAGACGGGGCCCCGUUCAUUCCUAUGAAAGUUUCUCAGUGGUGCAUGAAACCUCAAUGGCUCGACUGCUGUGUAUAAAAUUACCUGGAUCUUCUGCAUCUUUGGGUGCGCUAGCAUUUCCUUUAACCCCUCCUCUCAGCUGCUUGGUCUCUGCUCUCUCACAUGAACGGCAGUUCAUUGUGCUAACGGAUAUAACAGACUAUUAGUGCACUUUGUAACUUUUAGGACCCAAUGAUUUAAAUCAGGGCUAUUCAAGUGUUCAUACCGGGGAGUGGAUAUACCUUAAAAAAAAAGUGAUUAUCUGCUGACGUCUCUUUUGCUAUAGAAGUAUAUGGGGAAAAUGUCCUUCUGGGCCUAAUUUCACCACGUGAAGAACUCGGAAGUUGUAAUGCCACCGUUCAGCCACUACGAAAAUUGUACUCACUUCUGCUUCCCAUGCAGCCCUGUAGAUUCACCAGUAAUACCUUUCAUGAGUUUCUUCAUUUAUUACAUUAUGAUCUAUGGAUAAUUCUGUUCUCAAACUAUUUCUCUCCAAACACAAUGACUUCCUGGAUUCCUGUCGUCGCCAUGAGGUUGCCAAGCAACCAGCGGACAAUUCAGUCACUGUGACUAGCCGAUGGCCAAGAAAUAUGAAGUUUAAGCCAGGCUGGCUGUUUCCAGUCUUUAUGCUAAGCUUAGAUAAUUACUUCUGUACUGUAGCUCAAGUCAAUGCACGGAUAUGAGUGUCGUCUAACAAAAACAGGACUUUCACCCAGGAGACUGGUGUCUGUGUCCCCUGUGAAACCAAUAGUCAAUGUUGUGGUGGGUAAAAUUACAUAAGGUAACAGACAUACUACUUUUAACCCAAACCAUAAUCUUCUGUUUCCUAAACCUAAAGAAGUAGUUUUGUUGCCGACAAAGAAGUAGUGUUGUUACCUAAACCUAACGUUGUUUCGCUAGCGCUGGCAUGUAAUUCUAUCACAUUCCAUGCCUCCACGACGUAAUGAGCCAUUAAGAAGAUGUUUGACCUAUUUCUGUGAGAUCACAUUGCCUUUUAGACUUAGAAAUUCCGCCUUAGACCUAAAACAUACAACAUAUGUCAGAGUUACAUUUACUUCCUAUUUUACUGACAUAGUUUUGAUUUUGAAAGUCAAGUUUUUUUGCUGUGUUUUCUACAUAGUUGACAUUAAUGGUAAGAUGAUAUUUUGUUAGACUUGACUAAUAAUAUAUUUUUCCAACAAAAAAAAAAUCGGCACCAAUGCUCCACAUUAGAAUUAGCUUAUUGACAUUAUUUCAUGAUAAAUUAAAGUCUGAGUUAUGAACUCGGUGUGUAACUCUGGAGGAGGAGAAGAUGCGUCUUGGCUGAAGAGGAAAGGCGUCUCACUGCGAUAAACAAACCCAGUGGUUCUUUCUUCUGGCUCCCUCUUUGAACUUUAUUCCUCUGACUGUGAGGAGCAUGAAGUGGCUCUGCAGCCGCUCUAGAUGGACAGUCUGGUUCCAUCAUGCUUAUUCACAUUCUGCGCAAGGAACAUCAGUAUGCUCACGUACAGCUGUAAUGCUUAGCGCUCAGAUUUAGGGAUUUGUUUCAGAUGUAUUGUUGGUUGAAGGUUACUAUGGAUUAAGUACUCAUGUGUGUGUUUGUAUGUUUGUCAUUUUUUCCUUAACAGGAGCGAUACAGUGGAAUCCCAACUUUCUAUGUCACAACUCCUUCAGAGGGAGCUCGGGCUCUCAGUCUGCCCUGACCGUUGUCGACGCAUCUCUGCUGUAUAACCGAUUCAUUCCUCUUUAUGGGCGUUUCUUUUUCCUUUCAAUCUUUCACUGUUAAUAUGAAACUAAUGCUGUUAUGCACACGAGCUGAUUGAGAUGUUAAUGUGCCUUCGCAGUAAAACAUUGUUUUACCUGUUCUGUAGCAAACAGCAGAUGGACACAGUUAGAGAUUAGCUGGUGGAACAUUUAGUAUCUGAAGAGACAGAAUUAUUUUUCCUCAGGAGUUGGUGGAGAACAAAAACGGAGCUAAAAGGAGACUGAAUAUUGUUCUAGCAUCCAUCAGGUGGACACAAACCUGUUAAUGUGUGCUAGAUGUGUAAGUAAGAGAUCGUAUGUGGACACAUUAGCUAUAACAACUUUGUACGGCAAUAAAAUAUAAGGGCUUUGUGUCGACUUCCUCCGAAUAGUGGCCAAGAACGACUCGGCUUUAAAGGCCCUGCACACUCACACAGGUGUAUUUAAUUAUUCUGGCUAAUUAGACUUCUGCUCAUCUGCUUGAUAAUGGGCAGAUAUAUGAUGAGAAUUGUAAUAUGACAGUUGAUUUAUUAUUAUUUUAAUAAAACUGAUACUGCAGCUCAUACUGAAGGUGUUAGUUGGGGUCAGCUAGAUGUGAACCAAACACGGCCUGGACUCGCCUACAGUCGUUCUUAAGAAAAAGACUAAUCAGGCAGAUUAAGUGCAAACAUCUUUGGGCUGAGCUGUAGGUACACAGGGGCUUUAAAUAAUAUGCCAGUUUAUAUUAAUAAAGCUGUUUUCAGAUUUAAAAAAAAGAACUGUUAUGCUUUUGUUUUAAAGCUUAUACCAGAAGUCUUAUCUUAUUCUCAACCUGCCCCUAUUUGAAAUGAAAUGAUCAAAAUAUUCUGUAAUUUAAUGUGGGAAUUAACAGGAUUUAAAAUCAUACUUUUCCUUUGGUACCUUGAUUUAAAAUAAAUAAAUAAAAGUUCCUGUCUUGUUUUAAUGUUCUGCUGGAAGGAAGCUCUGUAGAAGCUGAGGUGUCUGUAUGUUUUCAUAAACUUUCCUUUUGAGCGAAAGGAAAGAUCAGAUCAAAUUAUAGGCUUUUUCAAUGGGAUUUUUUUUAAAUCCAAAAGCAUUCUUGUCCAUAGUUUGUUCCAAAGAUCAGAUCAAAUUAUAGGCUUUUUCAAUGGGAUUUUUUAAAAUCCAAAAGCAUUCUUGUCCAUAGUUUGUUUCCACUCAUUGUCUGCGUUGUGACAGAUUUACCCAUAGUGGAAUGUUCUCUUGUGAAUAUGGGUUUCAGAUGUUAUUGUAGUGUAAUAACCUUGUUUAUGUGUAAAUAUAGCGAAUGUUUAUAAGCAACUGUUGCCUGUUGUUGCUUGCUUGAGUUUUGGUUAGACAACCCAUCAAAGUGAUAACUCAAAUAUCUCUCUUCUGCAUUUUAGUUAGUGUAUGGCAAUUGUGUCUGCAGAACAAUUGUUGCUUAAAAUUUAAUUUAUAAUCAGAAAAUGGUAAGAAUUUGCCAAUAUAAAGAAAAACAUCUAAAAACAUUUUCUGUCCAUAUUCUAAAUUCAGUGUCUCCGUUAUAAUUAAAAAAUGUAAACACCUCAUAAUUUUAACAAACAUCGAACAACCAUUUCCCAGUAGUGGGAUUAUCAUUUUGACAAUAAUUGUUGUCUUGACUUAUCCAAACAGAAUACCCAUUUUGCUACGAAUAUAAAGAGUAUCCUGUUUCAAGAGAGAUGAUGAAAGAAGCCCUUCGUGAAAAAGUCAUAGGAAAAACUGCACUGACCUAUGAAAUGUUUUAGAACAGAAGCGAACGCGGAAGUGGGCCGGGAUGGGCGGGUUUUGAGCUCUUGGUAUGAGUUUAACGAGGUGCACUUGAAUGCAUCACAAGGGAGGAGUUAGCAAAACAGUGAAGUUUAGCCUAGCAGGAAACACCGAGGUUACCACAGUGGAAAAAGAAGGAGCACCAGUCCACGUUUUAGUUUUAACUGGGGCUCAGUUGUGAUAUUUCCUCGGCAAAUACACUGUCGCUUAGAUUCUGGGAGUAACAUUACUCGCUUACGGUCUGGUCACAUUGUUUCCCGACUUUGAGGAUAGAGCUUUAGCCAACUAAAUCACCCGACACUGGCCGGGGGUGGACUCUUCUCCAGCGGCUGUGAACUGUAGACAUCCUCUGAGCAACGGCUGCUUUGAAUCAGGUGGGUUGGGAGCUCGUGCCAACAGGUGUUUGCUUGAGUGUCAGGAGGCUAACAAUGUAACUAACGUCACCGUGUUCAUCAUAGCCACCAGUUUGACGUCCAGCGCCUGAAUAGGUCCAACUCGAGCUAACUAAAGUUGCUAGGUUAGCCAGAAAUCACUCUCCCUAUUGCUGACUGGCUAGCUGGCUAACAACUAAUAUUCCACCCAGAAAUCAAAGUGCUAGCGCCAUAUGUAAUGACAAGCGAAUUAGCACAUGACGUAGAGUUGGCUGCAUUGCUCACAACAUACAUUCUUAUAUUACAUGUUAAACUUUAAGGAAUUGGGUUAAGUUAACGUUGCCUAACGUUACUAUCUCACACGUAUUCCAAUGGAAACAGACAUGGGUGUACGGUCAUAAAAAAAAACCUGAAAAUUCAUGUUUGUACAGCUUGUGUUGUGCCUCAGUGGUUUUGCUUGGUGUACUUCUUCCAUGCCGAACGUACCAUAGUGACUGAAUGACUUGAAAAUCUCGUCAGUCAUGUUCUACGGAAAAGAGGGUCUGGCUAUAACGACACCCAUGUUGAAUCGGCGUUUUUCUUGUGUAAAGAUUGGUAAGGAUGCGGUAUUAUCCAAUCUCGUAUUGUGGUUUGCCAACCAUCGCCUAGCUUGUUAACUAAACUUAAACUUAAACCAUGCGUCAUGGGGGAACUUACUACUAGCUUAAGUGGGCGUUAGCAAACACCUGGGCAGAAACUAUAGCAACUUGAAGCCGUUGAUUUGGCAAGGACGUAUCUCCGGUAACGUCACAGAAAAUGAUCAAGAAAUGUAUCUGUAAACUAUGUUGCCAGUGGUACCGAAGAAACCGUGGCGUUUCCUGCAGACAGGUGAGUAGUAGCUGGGAGACGGAGGUUGCGUAAUGACGGAAACGUAGAACCUCAGCAAGGCGUGUCUCCUCGGCAGGUAUGUUAGUGAGCGCCCUUUGAGUCAACGGUCUGGUUUCAAGCAUGAGUAAUCGGUGCGUUUGAGGAGGGGGUGUGUGAGCGAGAAGCGUUUCACCGGUUUGACUAGUGUCUGGGCAAUUCACAACACCACAACAUGUAGAAUACAAAUACUAACAGCCCCUACUCUACUUUGUCCAAUCAGCCAGAGCUAACUCUCAAUUAGCUCAUUUGUUGUACCAAACUGCGACGCGUUUGGGUCCUCAUGUGUCAACUGCACGCUCAUCCAGUGGACUGUAUACAUGUAACUAAAGUCCUCCCGUCUCUUUAAAGCCCAGUAUCAUCGGCUGGUUAACUUUGACAUACGGUUGCAUAGACUGAGUCCCACAAUCUGGACAGGAUACUGCUUGAAGGACAAAGGCUGUGUCCUUGCAACUCCACCUGCAUGAGCUAGCCCAAACAAACAGCCUUUGUUCUCAGUAGCUAUUACACCUGCAUGGUAAAGUCCACCUGUAGCUAUUAUGCAGGCAAAAUAAAUGGCCGCUCCCAAAUCAGUGUGUUUUAGAGGAGUUGGCUUGAGCAAAAGCAGGAGGGUAUUUUUUAUUUUUUAUUUUUUUAUGUCUCUCUUCAUUUGCACGAAUGAUGUGAAUAUACAUGCCAGAAACCUUUAGAACAGGAAGUUAAAUGAUCUAACCACACAUCGGUGAGAAUGCUGUCAGAGAGGCUUACCUUGCUUGUAAACUUCAAACAGAGCGCUCGGCUCGAGACAGUCACGCUGUGUUUGGUGCUGUUAACUGUUAACCUGAUUCCUGUUUUCACCUCUCCCAAUGUGCAACACAAUAUCUGGCAUGAAAAGAAGCUUUUUUUUUUUUUUUUUUUUUUUUUUUUUUUUUUUUUUUUUUUUUUUUCUUCUUUCUUCUUCUGUCUCUUGCUAAUGGGAUUGCACAGGAAGUAAAAAUGCUGCAGAAUGUUCCCCUCACUCAUUCUCUUUAUAGCAGGUGCGCCAGGUCACAGCUCAUUGUGAGAAUGUAGUAUGUAUGCAUGUUGAGUUUUAAAUGACGUUAACAUAAUCAAAGUACAUUGGCUGCAUAUCCAGUACCUUUAUCUUGUUUUGGCCAAUAUUUUUUUCUCCACACCCCCCUAUCUUGGCAAUAAUAUUAUGUUAAAUACGCAGAGGUAGGGCUGUAUAAUUGGAGGGAAAUAGCUUAACAAUUAAACAAUUGGUCAGCAGAUUCAUCGCUAAUGAAAUUAGUAAUUGCAGCCUACAGGUCUGUAUUUGUAGUCUUCGUGAUAUUAUUCAAGAUGUGAUUGUACCAAUCAUACAAACCCAUGUUCUAU